UUUCUCUCUUCUCCUAAACUUCCCAGCAAUCACACACACACCCAAGCGAAGAAGGUAAGUUCCCGUUACAGAGAUAGAAAAAACAGAACAAAACAAAAGAAAAAGAAGAAAAGAAUGGGUUAUGUUUCUAUGAAAGUGGUUCUAAUCUCCACCGGGGUUUUAUCCAUGGCAAUGGGUUUGAAACUCACACUCCCUUUGCUCUCGCAUUUCCUCCUCAACCAAGCCCCUCACGUGUGGACCUUCCUCCUCACGUGCUUCACUCCCCCUUACCUCUACAUCCUUCUCAACUUCAUCAUCCUCACCAUCGUCGCUUCCUCCAAACUCAACAACCACCACCACUCUCCGCCGGAUACCACCGUCCUCCUCCCCUCCGACCCCGUCAUCUACGCCCUACCACCCGCCGCAGUCCAGAUCCUCGCUCCGGAAACCGUCAACAUCUCUGCCGCUGUACAAACGGACUACAACGCCGUCGCCUCUGAGAAAUACCUCUACGAAACGAAACCGACUCUCAGCUACGACACCGUUACGGAAGGUAACGGCUCUGUCGGCUACGUUUACGACGAGAACACGCCGGUGAAAGCGACGGUUAACAACGACGACGACGACGACGAAGCCGUUGGCGUUGUCUCUCCAAGCCUGCAGAGGAAAGACUCCUCGGACUUCGCGUUCGCAAAUGAAAACUUGAAACCGCCGGUUUCCGCCAGAUUCAGCCACCGGAAAUCCGUUAGAGCCAGUCCCGAAGCAGGAGGGAAGGUGGUGGCGUUGGGAGUGGCGAAGGCGAAGAAGCAGGAGACGUUGGAGAGCACGUGGAGGACGAUAACGGAGGGGAGAGCGAUGCCGUUAACGCGGCAUCUGAAGAAGGCGGAGACGUGGGAGAGGGAGACGCCGUUACGGGACUUGAACGGAGGGGGCAAAUUGAUGAAGAAGUCGGAGACGUUCGCGGGGAGGGAGAAGAACGCGUCGACGAGGCUGAGGAAGGAGCCGUCGCUGAGUCAGGACGAGUUGAACCGCCGAGUGGAAGCGUUCAUCAACAAGUUCAAUGCGGAUAUGAGGCUGCAGAGGCAGGAGUCGCUGAGGCAGUACAAGGAGAUGAUGAAUCGAGGAGCUCACUGACUCACACAAGUCACAAAACAUUUGCUCCAAUAAUCAAAUUGGGGGGAAAGAAAGAAAACAAACACAGUGAUUAAACAAGGUUUUCUUGUGUUGCAUUGCAUUGGUUUUUUGUUCAGGCAAAUGAUGAACGAAACACAGUUUGGGAUAUAGGGAAAGUUUUAGUUUAGAGUCUUUGGAGAAAAUGUGUAGGGGAUAUUUUAAUUUCCAUGAAUUGGUUUUUUUUUUCCCCUUCUUUUGGUUGUUUAUUUAUUUUGUUAAUAGUGUUAAUGCCAACGCUUUUUAAUGCAAUCUUCCGAUUGCCGGAGGAAAUGUUUUUUUGCUGGUA